AUGGGAAUGCCUGGCUCGGAAACAGCAUUAGAAGAGCUGAUGUGCCGCGUCCUCGGUGACCUCCUCCAAAAUGGAUGUGUCGCCAAAAUCGCUGAUGACCUCUACUGCGGUGGCUACACCCCUACAGAGCUCCUAUCCAACUGGAGAAAAGUCCUGACAGCCUUAGAUAAAUGUGAUCUCCGUCUCGCAGCCAAGAAAACCAUAAUUUCUCCUGUUUCAACUACCAUCCUUGGCUGGAUAUGGUCUCGCGGCUCAAUUUGUGCCUCUCCCCAUCGUAUAGCAGCCCUCUCUUCCUGCACCCCUCCAAAAACAGUCCGAGAUCUUCGCGCUUUCAUUGGAUCCUACAAAAUGCUCAGCCGUGUUAUUGAAGGUUCAGCUUCCAUCCUCGCCCCCCUCGAGAGUAUUACCGCCGGGAACCAAUCAAGCAGCCCUGUGGUUUGGUCUGAGUCCCUUACAACCUCCUUCUACCACGCUCAAGAAGCACUUUCAUCCAACAAGUCAAUUGUGAUCCCAAAACCUGAAGACCUACUUUGGAUUGUUACUGACGGCUCUGUGAAGAUGAAUGGUCUCGGUGCCACACUCUAUGCCCUUCGUGACAACAAAUUGCUUCUUGCUGGUUUCUUCAGCGCAAAGACCAGAAAACAUCAAGUUACUUGGCUCCCCUGCGAAGUUGAAGCACUGUCCAUCGCGUCCGCCAUCAAACAUUUUGCUCCUUAUAUCAUCCAGUCCAAGUUCCAAACCUGUGUGCUGA